UCCAAGAAACCAAGAGCAGACCAGAUUCUCAACACCAUGGCUUGCUGUGUUCCCUGCUGCUGCAGCGUCCCCACCGGCCCAGCCACCACCAUCUGCUCCUCUGACAAAUGCUGCCGGUGUGGAGUCUGCCUGCCCAGCACCUGCCCUCACACCACUUGGUUACUGGAGCCAACCUGCUGUGACAACUGCCCCCCACCCUGCCACAUUCCUCAGCCCUGUGUGCCCACCUGCUUCCUGCUCAACUCCUGCCACCCCACCCCAGGCCUGGAGACCAUCAACCUCACGACCUUCACUCAGCCCUCCUGUGAGCCCUGCAUCUCAAGCUGCUGCUGAAUGAUGGCUGCUUUGCUCCAUGCCUGACAAUGAAAAACCCAGAAGCUGUCUAUUCAGUAUUCACUUGCCUCAGCAGUUUAUCAGAUGUUGAGGCAGACCAGAUGGCCCAG